AUGUCCGCUAAAGACCGCUCGGGAAUUGUCUACCACAUCCAACAGGGCGACAUUCCGGUCUCCUCUUCCCAGAUCCUCGAUCUAUCGCUCCCAUGGUCUCAGCUCAUCGCUCUCGAUCUCAGAGCCAUCUCGCUGGCGCCAAACGUCGUCCUGGUGCUUAUGCAUCGUACCGCGAUGUCGUUGCAGGAGGCAUGCUUCCAUGUCAAUCCCACCACUAACGCACCGACCACUACUGCGCACCGACCUCUAAUGGAUCCGCCCGACGUCAGAAUGACGGCGUUAAAGAAGUUGAUCGUCAUUUUUGGAGGGAGAAGGACGGAGGCGGGCUUCUUCCACCAGGUUCUCGCAUGUCGGUUGAAGGAACUGCGCGUUGAAAUGACGAUCGCAAGCACUGAUGGGUGGAAUCUCCCUCUCUUCCGCCCCCUCAUCGCGUUAUGCUCAAAGAAGUUGGAAGUACUCGAGCUCGUCGACUCUCAAGGGCAUGCCGCCGUCCUUCCACGCACACCUGAACGUCGUCAACUCACGUAUCUGGAGCUCGAAGCCCUGCUUCAGUUCGUAUCUAACCUCCACACCCUCCGCCUCCCGCCCACCCUGUUUCUCCACUCCGCCACCCUCCGCAAGCUUGCAAACGGACACCUUUUGCCCUCGCUCAAGGCUCUCGAAGUGACGGCCAGUAGCCUCACAAAUGCGGAAGAUAUCAUGUUUAUGAUCACGGAGCGGGUUCUGGUCAUCGAGGCUGCGAGACGUGGUGUUGGGACGUCCACCAUCAACGUCGGCGGGUCCUUGGAGGAGGGGGAGGAGAGCCACGUCGAGGCCAUUACGAACGUCGUCCUUCAUAUGACGCUCGCCGAAAGGAGCGCAUUCCUGAAGGUUGUUAUUCCGGAGUAUCUUUCCGGUCUCGGAGGCGUGGAGAUUCAUGUCGAAGCCAUGUGGUGA